AUGGCCUCGGCUGGCAACCGCAAAAAGUUUGCAAAUAGUAACCUGAACACCCUCCUCGGCGCUCCAAAAGAAGUUGCAAAGGCGAACUACGGUCCUGCCGUACGAUCCGGGGGCGUUGUCAAGCCAGUCGCCAAGCCGAAAGGAUUGGUAUCUCUUGGCAAAGCACCAGCGGCUUCUUCAGUCAAUGCGCGCAAGGGCGCUGCAUGGAAUCAGCUGGAGGAAGACGCCAAGAAACGAGCCGAGGAGGAAAGUGCCAAGAAGAGGGAUGAUACGAGACCAGACUGGGCCGUCAUCGAUUUCAAAGACCUAGACAAGCCCCUGGAGAGGGAAGACGAAGACGAAGAGGAAAUAACGGAGUUUGAAAACGCCAGGGAUGUCAAGGACGGAUGGUUCGAAGCGCCGGCGCCAGACGAACCAUCUUCAG